AUGAAAGUAUAUAACUUGAAUAACGGGAUAUCGGUCACUGAGGAGCAGCUUGCGCACUGGAACCAGGCGCUGUCGCAGCUGGAGCCACAAGAAAUACUGAAGUGGUCACUGGCCACAUUCCCACACUUAUUCCAGACCACUGCGUUUGGGCUCACUGGUCUGGCUACGAUAGACAUGCUUUCCAAGCUCGGUGCCGAUGCGCUAGUGCCGUUGAUUACCAUUGACACAUUGCACUUAUUCCCACAGACUGUGACACUGAGGGAGAACGUCGAAGAUAAGUACUACAGGCCUCAUGGCAAGACGAUCCACGUCUACAAGCCCAUCGGUUGCGACACCGAGCAGCAGUUUGCGGACAAGUACGGUGAGUUCCUGUGGGAGACCGACGACGACAAGUACGACUACCUGGUUAAAGUGGAACCGGCAGCCAGGGCCUACAAGGACUUGCAAGUAACCGCUGUGUUCACUGGCAGGAGAAAGUCGCAAGGGUCAGCCAGAUCGGAGCUGCAGUUCGUUGAGAUCGAGGAACUCACGGGAAUCAUAAAGAUCAACCCGUUGGCCAAUUGGACAUUUGACCAGGUCAAGCAGUACAUCGACGACAACGCAGUCCCAUACAAUGAGCUACUCGACCUAGGCUACAAGUCCAUCGGUGACUACCAUUCAACUGUACCUGUCAAGGAAGGUGAAGACGAGAGAAGUGGCAGAUGGAAGGGCAAAGCCAAGACGGAGUGCGGGAUCCACGAGACGAGCAGGUUCGCCAAGUUCCUGAAACAGGAUACCUGA